AUGGAGCUUCCGGAUCAGAUCUACUGUCCGCCUGUUUCUUUGAACAUUGAUAACAUGAACUCCUCUUUGGCCACCUCUCCACUUUUAAAGCAUUUUUCGGUCAACAUGUCGACUCAGAGCGUCCCGUUUGAGGGCAGUAGCACCCUUAUGACUGCGCUCAUCUCCAUCACUGUUUUCGUGGCUGGUUUGAUUGGGAAUACCUUGGCCAUAUACGUCGUCCUGCGCUACGCCAAAAUGAAAACUGUUACCAAUAUUUACAUCUUGAAUCUGGCAGUAGCGGAUGAGCUUUACAUACUUGGACUGCCCUUCCUCACAACCCAAAAUGUGCUUUCUUAUUGGCCCUUUGGCUCGUUUAUGUGCCGCGUGGUCAUGACUGCAGACUCAAUGAACCAGUUCACGUCUAUUUUCUGCCUCACGGUCAUGUCUGUAGAUCGAUACCUGGCCGUAGUGCACCCUAUACGCAGCACCAAGUGGCGUCACCCGCGGGUGGCCAAAGUGGUGAGCGCUGCUGUGUGGGCUCUCUCCUUCAUAGUGGUCCUGCCAGUGGUCCUCUUCUCUGAUAUUCAGGAAACCUUUAAUUCCUGCAACAUGAUUUGGCCUGAGCCGAAAGACGUGUGGUCGACAGCCUUUAUCCUGUACACAGCCACAGUGGGCUUCUUUGGACCUCUUCUCAUCAUUUGCCUGUGCUACCUGCUUAUUGUAAUCAAGGUGAAGUCUUCAAGCGCUCGGGUGGGGUUCACAAAGCGGCGGAGAUCAGAGCGUAAAGUGACCCGUAUGGUGGUUGUGAUUGUGAUGGCGUUUGUGCUCUGCUGGCUGCCCUUCUUCAUCAUCAACAUGGUCAACCUCAUGGUCAUCAUUCCUGAGUCCAGUGCCACGGCCGGGAUUUACUUCUUUGCCGUGAUACUGUCCUACGCCAACUCCUGUGCCAACCCACUGCUCUACGGUUUUCUCUCUGACAACUUCAAGCAGAGUUUCAGAAAGGUGUUAUGUGUGAAGAGUGUUCGCUGUCAAGCCAAUGAUGUGGAUGAUGGGGACCCUAGCGCCCCUCGAACCGAAAAAACUACCACAGCGCAAGACGGCCUUCUACUUUCUCCUCGCAAUCAGGUCUACCACCAGCCCCAGUGCAGCCAGAUCUCCCCCCAGCCUCCUGGAUCUCCCCCCUCCCACGCAGCAGCUGCCGACCUGCACCUCUUCUCUCCGUCGGGCCAGUGCUUCUUUGCUGGUUUAGAGAAUGGACCAAACUCUCAUAAGACUACUAUUGUAAACCAGGACAAAUCACCCACAGCCCUCACCACUCCCUCCUUUGUAACCCCACAGUGA